UCAGGAAGUAGAGAACACGAGUUAUGGAAGAAGUAUUUGCGUGAACCGGCUGCAAUGCGGCUUAUGAGACGAAAGUUUUCGUAACGUUUGGGAUCCAAAAGGUUAUUUUUUCCAAACAAGAACAAGAUUUCGCGUAUAUGGUUCCGUUGUUCUCGUGUCUACUGUAGGAAGCUACUGGGACUUAGCUGUAGCAAAUAUUUAAUUACUGUCAAUAUCAAGAUCUAUACGUUUCUUCAGCCGGUUUGUCUUGUUCUUGAAGAGGCUAUCGGAAGCUCGGUGAAUUAUGAUAGUAAACCACUGAAAAGCAAGGUCACUAGUCCAGUCCUGCUGAGUGGAUGGUAACUGUGAGCUCGCCCGCGGAUAGGAAACAUGAUCCCCCGGGGUAAAGAGCUGCUUAUCCGGAUUUCUGGCUCCUGGAAACCGCUCUUCAGAGGCAGGUUCCUCCUCGUCACUAACACGGUGAGCUGCGGAGGAAUGCUGGCAGCAGGAGACUUCAUCCAGCAGACCCGAGAGAAGAGGAGGGAUCCGGGCAGGACACGGGACUGGUUCCGGACAGGGCGCAUGUUUGCUGUUGGUUGUUCCAUGGGUCCUGUCCUGCACUACUGGUACCUGUGGCUGGACAGAGUGUAUGUGGGGAAGGCUUUGCAAACUGUCAGCAAGAAAGUUCUUGUUGACCAACUGGUGGCGUCUCCUACUCUUGGAGUUUGGUAUUUCUUAGGAAUGGGAGUGAUGGAAGGCCACACCGUGCAGGAAAGCUGGGAGGAAUUCAGGGAGAAGUUCUGGGAGUUUUACAAGGCAGAUUGGUGCGUUUGGCCACCAGCACAGAUGCUGAACUUCUACUUCCUGCCUUCCAAAUUCCGGGUCCUGUAUGUCAACAUAAUCACACUUGGCUGGGACACCUACCUCUCCUACCUGAAGCACAGAGACAGUGCCAAAAGAGGUGACCUCACCCAUGACUCCAGCAGCAGUGUAAAUGAGGACCAGGAAACAGAGGUGCCCUUACCUGUAGCACAGCGCUUGGAAGAGAAGCUCUAGAUUCCUCAUUCUGUUCUCUACUAUGGAUCUGUACCGUGUUGCCUUAUAUAAUGUUUUGUCAUUGUUUCUCUCUCCUCUCAACUGUAGGGGGAGCUCUAUUAUAACACAUCCUUCUUUCAUGGGAGUCCUGUUUUCCCCAGGUAGAUCACAAACAAAGUAAUGGAGCUGCAUGACAUUAUAGUGUUGUCUGUAUAUGAGCAGGUGUAAAAACUGAGAUUAAACAAGCGGUCAGUGUUUAUAAUUUCUACAAUAUAUCAUUUGAAAUCUACCAUACAGAAACCUUAGUGUGAAUCGAUUUUAUAUAAAUACUUAAAUUUGCCGGAAAUUCAUUGUUAUUGGUGUUAAACGAGUAUUAUCUGUAAAUCGUUGGGUAAACAAUUAUAUAUCUAUGGGGUAAAUUAUUUUAAAUGUAUUUCUUCUUGCAAAACCUGUCGUGUUAUUCUAAACUUGAAAAGUGUAUAUUGUUUGUUAAUAAUCAGGUUAUAAUCAGACCUGCUUAAUUAAAAAAGCCCUUAGCAUCUCCUUGCGUUAUCGGUUGAAAUGCAUUUGAAUUUUCAUUGUGAAGAUGAAUUGAUAUUUUUAAUUGAUGGCUAUUUAAUAGGGUGACUGGAGGUUGUUUUACUUUAUAAUUUUGCUCCUUAAUGUUAACACGCUGUAUCAGGGUAAUAUGACGUGUGACGCAGAGUUCAUAACCAAGGGAAAGGGAGAGACAGUGUUACUGACGCUUUUUAGAAAAAGGUGUUGUGGUUUCUGGCUAACCUUGUUAGGGAAGAAAAUGGCAUUGCAGACCGAAGUGCAAGGACAGUGAGGUGGCAGUGCCACUGCUUGUUGUGCCAGAGCGUUUUUUAAUUUAUAAAUUUUUUGUUUUUGGAAGUACAGCUCCUUAUUAGUCCUGUUUUUGCCAGUCCACAUCCUGUGAAAGGGGAAAGAGUAACAGGUUACGACAGGUUCAACAUCGCAGGGUUCAACAACGUGCGAAGAUUUCCUUUAAUAUAAUGAUUUCUAGAGAAUCCCACUUUGAGAGCUGAGGAGCUGCAGAACCCACUGAAUCUCUACAUGUGCAUAGAGCAUUCUGACAGCUCAUAUAAUUUAUAGACCUUAAUUGGAUUGCAUGCUGAGAGCUCCCAAAGAAGAUCAGUUGUAAUGGACAGACGAAGAUGAUCCUUUUCUUAAUCUGCUAAACAGUUUGCAGGUAUAUAGCCUUAACUGUAACUUGCUCUAUGGUUGCAUGGCCCAACCACCAAUUAAUUUGGCAUUUUAAUUAUGAUCUUGCAUGAGUACCUUCUCUAUUCAAAAAAGACAUUUCCCUCUACAUCUUCUGUUUGCCAUAAAUAUUCUGUUGGAAGAAGUCCAUAUCCCUGCUUAAGCCCUUGUAAUUAUUUCUGUUUCAAUCCCCCUUGUGUAAAAAUAGAUUGCUUGCAAAAUAUUUAAUAAAAAAUCUUUGGCUUUAAUUCAC